CUCUGAAGCCACACUUUAUUGACACUUCACGUGGGAUUGUUUAUAAAAAAAAAUGUUGACAAAUUAUUUCAAAUUUGCAUUAUGACAAACAAGCAAGUGUGUGAAGUUUGCACAGAAAAUGAAUCCAAAUACAAAUGUCCAGCUUGCCUUCUGAAAUAUUGCUCAUUGCUAUGUUACAAAAAACACAAAGAAGCUUGCAAAGACACCAAAGACAAGACAGAACAGUCAAAGAAAAGUGAAGAAGACACCAAUGUUAUUCAUUCAGUUGAACAAACAGAAGAAAGAGUUUCAGUUGAAAAGUUGGAAGAAUUAGCAGAUGAACAAACAGAAGAUAGAGUUUCAGUUGAAAAAUUGGAAGAAUUAGAGCACUCUGUGCCCUUGAGACAAAUGUUAGAGAACCCACAUUUACGAACAAUAUUACAAGAUUUAGCCAAAUCAAAGAACCCUGCCAAACAAAUGGAGAAAUUCAUGCAUGAACCUUUAUUUCUGGAAUUUGCUGACGAAUGUUUACAAACUGUUGAACCUAGUGAACCCGAUGUCGAGAUGGAUUCAGAUUAAAUAGUCAAAUUCAAAUGUGUCUUUUUCUGUCAGACAUCUUCCAUACAGCUGAAUGCAUUUUAGAGCUAUAUUUAAUACUGUAAAUUUGGAAAUUGUUGCAUGGUUUUUGACAUAAGAUUGCUGUCAAGCAAUCUGAAGACUUUUACCAAUGACUCCUUUCCAAGGCUCUCACGUCAACCGUUUUGUGCUUUAUAUUAAGAAACAACUCAGAUUCUUAAGAUUGUUCUGUUAUAAAGAGUAAAACAAACACACAUUGAA